AUGUCUGAAACUACUGCUAGACCAAGAAGAAAGGCCACUAUCAAUAAAACUUAUAAUGAUUCCAUUGAUUUAAAUAGCCUAGAAUAUGAUUCGCUGAAUUCUAUAUCCGCUAGUACUUCUGUAAAUCUGACUACUUCCAAUACAAGGAAGAGAACCAACAAUUCCAAUAAUACUAAUGGUAGCAAUAAAAAAUCAUCACAUAAACAUGACGACAAUCAUUCACCUAGCAAUGGUGCUUCCACACCGAAUAAAGUGCCGAAUAAUUGGCAACCACCCCCAAAACCAGAGGAUUUUUUUUCGUUUAGAUUGAACCUUACUGAUGCUUAUAUCGAUUUAACAAUACAGACAUUAUAUUGUCCUAAUCAGUUUCCAUCUACAAACACCAACGGAAGCAGUAGCAGCAGUAGUAGUAGACGAAAAUCAAAACAGCCAAUAUUCAGUCUUGCCAAAGGUCAGUAUAUUUACAUGAUUAGUGAACCUCCUGGUGAGCCUUAUUAUAUUGGUAGGAUUAUGGGAUUUAAACACAAGAAUAGUAAUCAGAAGAAUGUAUCCGUUGCUGAAACUGGUGAAAUUGUUGAUGCCAAGGAGUAUACAUUUGAAAUUCAGUGGUUCUAUAGACCUAGAGAUAUAUCUAAAAUCACAAAUGAUUCACGAUUACUAUUUGCAUCGAUGCAUACAGACACUUGUCCAAUUAGCUCGUUCCGAGGAUUAGUUGAAGUUAGACAUAAACAGGAUAUUGAAGACCAGUUUAGUAAAGAACAAUUAAAAGAAACCAAACGUGGAUCCAAGAAAUCCGUGUCACCAAGUGCUUCUUCUGCCCUUGAAUCUUAUAUUCAAAAGCCAAACCAUUUUUACUUUGAUAAAUUGUUUGAUCGUUACAUGAUUAAAUUUUAUGAUGUCUUGCUGACAGCAAAUUUGUUGCAGUACGCAGAGAUUGAAAAUUCCAAGAGUCGAAAUUUUUUAAUUGCUUUAAAUAAAAGAUUUGAAUUUAUUUUCGUUGAGAGUCAACGAACAAAAUCAUUAUUGAAUUCUUUUAGUUCCAAUUCCUGCAGUUGUGAAAUAUGUGGUCAGUGGUGUGAUAACCCAGAUUCUAUUAGUUGUGGGGAAUGUGAGAAAUAUUACCAUAUGUAUUGUUUGGAUCCACCGUUGCUAAAGAAACCCAGUCGUGGGUUUUCGUGGGCUUGUGCAACUUGUACGAAGAAACACGAACUACAGUAUCAUCAAAAGAAGCUUGUCAUGUUGUCUGACAAUAAGUCAUCCAACCAAGAUCAACUAGCCAGUGAGUUGAGUGUAUUGAGUUCAUUGGAAGCUGAACUUAGUCGUGAACCAACACCUGCGUCACGUGAAGCAUCUGUCACUAGCAGUUCAACUUUACCUAAAUAUGAGAAUCUUGCUAUUGAAUUCUUGCGCAAAGACAAGGAUACUACAUUUAAGCAGAGAAGAAUCAAAGAAGAAUGGUGUAUGAGAUAUUUGGGACAAUAUGCAAGGUUAGAAGAUGGGGUUGAUGUUGAUGAUCGAUCUCCUUAUCCAAGAGCAUCCACAAGAAUAGGAGCCAAACAUCAAGCUGUAUAUAUUCCUGAAUGUGACGGGCAUCCUAUUGUUUAUUAUGAUGUCGAGAAACCACAAAAGAAGAAAACAAAUGGAGGUAGCCAAAAUAGCAAAAGACCAAGAUCAAAAAAUGUUCCUGAAGAAAUUGUUGAAGAGCCAGUUAAAUUGGUUGUUCCCGAGGAAUAUAAAGAUGUUGAUCCAAAAGAGUACCCAUCUUGGUUACAACCUCGACCUAAGGGGUAUAUUGAACGUGGUGUUGAUGAUGGAGAAGGUGAAACGUGUACUUUGUUGUGGAAAACACGAGAUGAGGAUCGUGAAGAUGAUUUUAGUAAACUAGAUGCAUAUGUUGCUAGAUGUGGCCCAAUUGCUGAAAGACUAGGUAUGUCACCUAACUCGCCAAAUUUCAUGGAUUCUAUAUUGUUGUCAUAUAUGAAGAAUAAUGGAGAUGUGGAAUUGGCAUUCAAAGAAGCACAAAAAUUGGAUAAAAAGAAACUUAAAGAGCCAGUAUUUAACAAAGAAGAAAUCAAACGAUUUGAAAAUGGUGUACGUGCAUUUGGUAGUGAAUUGUAUCCUGUUUAUAAGAAAGUCAAGACACAACCAUCGGCAAUGGUGGUUAGAUUCUACUAUUUAUGGAAGAAGACACCUAAUGGACGUGAAAUUUGGGGUAAUUACGAAGGAAGAAUACAGAAAAAGGUUCAAAAUAUCGUCAAAGAUGAACAAAAAGCUGUGAAACAACAGCUAGAUGAUUUGGCAAACCCAGAGGAUGAUUCUUCUUACGAAAGUUCCAAAAUUGAACCACAGAAAUCAUUUCUUUGUAAGCAUUGUCAUACUGAUACGUCAACUCAAUGGUAUAGAAUCACGGGUCAUGAUGCCAAGAAGGUGAAUCCUGAUAAUAAAGUAAUAGCAUUGUGUUUUAGAUGUGCUAGGUUAUGGAGAAGAUAUGCAGUUGUUUGGGAAGAUCCAACUCAGAUUUCUAAAAAAUCAUCAAACGGUAAAGGGAAUACUUGGAAAAAGAAAGUUGAACCUGAAUUGGCUGCGGAUGCAACUGCAAUUCUUGACUAUGCGCAAAAUGUUCAGAAUCUACCAACACCACCAGCAGUAGUUCCUGUUCCAGCAGCUGUGACUAACACAAAGGCUUCUACGACAACACCUCCAAAUAUAUCCACAACCACAACAACGACAAAGUCAGAACAAACUGCCUCAACCCAACCAGCUGUUACAGAAAUUAAACAAGAAUCAAAAAAGAGAUCACUGCCUCUGUCUUCCACUCCAUCCAAGAAGAGAGCAAGAGUUAAAGAAGAAAAAACUGAAACUCCAAAACCUGUUACACCUGCUCCAGUUGUCACUAAUAAUUCCAGCACGACUGUUGUUGACAAGUUAGCUAAUGAAGAAUUGAAACAGCAUUUAUUCAACAAGAACUAUAAGCAACCAGAAGUUAAAAAGUUGGUUAAGAAACUUCCAUUGGCAAAAGCUAAGACAUAUAUUACUGAUUUGAUUGAAAAUUUCCGUAUGAGACAAUUAACUGAUGUUCAAGCACAUUUGUCAACUAUUCAGAUACCAGUAUCAUCAAUUGAUUUACCAUUUGAACCUUCUGAACGUAACUGCUGUGUUUGCCGAGAACAUGAUAAUAGUACUAAACAUUCUUCUUUGUUGGAGAUGUUGAUUUGUUCAUCGUGUGGGGUGAAUGUUCAUGCUUCAUGUGCCGGUAUCUCUAUUGCAAAUAUUGAUAAAUUAAAAAGUCCUGUUAAAGAAUGGUUAUGUGAACCAUGUACUAAUGAUAUGAGACCGGUAAAUUCUGCUAUAUAUUCAUGUUGUUGCUGUCUAGCAAAUGAAGCCAAUUAUGAAUUGUCUAUUUUAGGUUCACCAUUUGUUAGACCAGAUUAUUUGAAGCAUAUUGAUAAUGGGAGAUGGUGUCAUUUAUUAUGUGCUGUGUUUAAUGGUGAAUUUGUUGAAUUCCAUCAGCCAAGAGGUAAAAAUAGUAACAAGAAUAUCAUAAACACUGUGGCGAUUACUAACGUGGAUAAGGUGUUUUUGAAUAAUUAUCGUCAUGCUUGUGAGAUUUGUAAUUGCAAAAAUGGGGCAAUUAUUAAAUGUGAAUUAUGUGAUGAUAAAGAUCAUUUUUAUCAUAUUACAUGUGCACAAGAUACACCAAAUUUUAAAUUGGGAUUUAAAUUAGUUGAGUCCAAGGAUAAAUUGGUUAAAGUUGAUGGACAUAGUGGUAAAUUGAAAGCUAUUUUGGUUUGUCCUAAACAUGAUCAAUCUAAAGAGACGAUAUUAAAUAUGAGAACAUUGGGUAAAAGAGUAACUUCGAAAUCCAAUGCAUCGGAUAAUGAAGAAAAGCCAUUAAUGCAAUUGUUUUUAGAAGAUUUACUUAAGAAUAAAACAGCUAAACUAUCAGGACAAAUGAAACUGAUGAAUUAUAUUGAAAAUUUCAAGCAAUUUUAUCAGUUAAAAGAUGAUGCUAUAGAUUCAUCAAAGAGAAAGGAACAUACUUGUUGUAAAUGUCAAACUGAAACCUCGCCAAUUUGGUGGCCACAAGAUGAAUCAGGAGAUAAAGUGUUGUGUCAAUCAUGUUAUCAUGGAGGUACAUCUGACAAGAUGGAGAUUGUUAAUGACGAUGAUUCCAGUGUGAAUAAACCAUUGAAUGGAGAAAACUAUGGAAUUGAAAAUGAAUUGGAUAAAUUAGAAUCAAUUUAUAAAUCAAAUAUAAUUGAGUAUAAAGAAGAAGUUGUUGAACCAAAACCAAUUGAACCAACCAUUGAAAAUAUAAGUAGAUCAAAAAUAUCCUUAGGUGAUAUUCUCAGUUAA